UGAUGUAGCAGCUCCCAUGAGCCCUCACUCUCAGGAAGUGUCGGGUUACAUUGACUUCAACGUCUCCAUGGCAGCUCAGAACCUGUGGAGAGUGGACAUCCUGAACAGGGAGGCGGAGUCAGAGUCCUGGAAGACCAUCCUGUCUGACGUCCGAUUGGUCCACGUCAACACCUCGGCUGUCCUCAAGCUGAGUGGUGUGUCUCUUCCAGAUUGGGGUUUCCGUCAGCUGGAGGUUGUAGCAGAGAAACAGUUUAAAUCUCAGAGUGUUGGCUGGACCGUCGAGGAGCACCGAUAUGGAACCAGUCAGGAGCAGAAGGAGCGGGAGGCGGAGCUUCACUCUCCGACCCACAUCGACGUCGACAGAAAGAUUUCCUUCUGGGCCAAAUUCUUAGAACUUCAGUGGAAGAUGCUGACGGUGAAACAGGAGGACUCGGAGCACAAAUACAGCUCCUCCCCCCUCGAAUGGGUUACCAUGGAGACCAACAUUGCAUACUGGCUGCACUCGUCCACCAACGCUCAGAUCCAUCUGAUUGGUAACCCGGUGUCGUGGGGCGUGGCCAACCUCAGCCUGCUGGCCUAUCAGCUGCUGGCAGCAAUCUACCUGCUGAGGAGGAGGCGGGGCUUCAAAGACCUCCCUGAUGCUGCGUGGUGUCAGUUUGUGUGUCUGGGGUGUGUGUGUGUUGGUGGCUGGUUGGUGAACGUUGUCCCGUUCCUCCUGAUGGAGAAAACUCUCUUCCUGUAUCACUACCUGCCGGCUCUCUGCUACCUGCACCUGCUGAGCCCCGCCCUGCUGGAGCACACACACACUCACCUGCUCAGCAGAGCGACACACCGGCGUGCGUUGUGUGUGUGCGUGAUGGCCGUGCUGGUGUCGGUCUUCCUGUCCUAUCAGACGUUCUGCCCUUUGACCUACGGCAGCCCCGAGCUGUCAGCCAAUCAACUGCAAGGACUCAAGUGGAGAGAUUCCUGGGACAUCCUAUACCGUCGUCGCUAGACAGGCAGGCAGGCAGACAGACAGACAGACAGAGACAGACAGACAGACAGACAGAGACAGACAGACAGAC